AAUACGUAAGACAUUGAAAAAAGAAACUUUUGUUUCGAUUCAUUCGAACGUUUUUCAGGAAGAAGCCUGUUGAGAAUUUACCUUUUGUAAUUAAAAAUCAAAGGAUAUCAUUUAGGUACAUUAAUCAAAUAUUCCACUAAUGUUUCUCCUCAGAUAAGGAUAGAUAAUUAACAAAACUCGUAUAAAUAUCCCACUCUUCAAAUAUAUUAUUUCGAUUCGAAUAGGUUUUUAAUGAUUUGGGUAAUAUACAAAGAAGUAUAUGUAUAAAUCAACAGUGGUUCAAUUGUGCUAUUGUGUAAUCCAGUGAUCAGAAGGAAAGAGUGUAUUUUAUAUUGGAACUAGAGAAUACAGAAGAUGAUUGCCUUAAUAGUCAUUAUCGGUACUAUCUUUAUUUAUUAUUUUAUAAUAAAACCGAGAAAUUACUGGAAUGUGAGGAACGUGCCAACGGGAAAAAUUACACCUAUAUUAGGAGAACAUUAUCUCAAUAUGCUUGGCAAAGAUUGCUCUACUGAAUUCGUGGAGAGAAUAUACAAUAGAGUCCCAAAUGGGAGGUACUCAGGGAUUUACCUCUUCCAAAUUCCUGCCCUGGUGUUGAAAUCGCCAGAACUAAUUAAAGAUAUAUGUGUGAAGAAUUCCAACAAUGUUUUGAAUCGUCAAGCUCUAACCCCAGACUGUACAGAUCCUCUGAUGUCCAAAAAUCUUCUAGCACUCAAAGGGCAACUUUGGAAAGAUUUUCGUCGUCUUCUUAGUCCGUCUUUCACCAGUAGUAAAAUGAGAGCAAUACACCUCUUAUUAUGUGCCAAUGCUCAGAAAACAGUAGAUUUCUUUCUGAGGAAAGGAGAGGAGAAGUUAAAGGUGGAAGUGAAGGAUGCUUUCACAAGAUUCAGCAAUGAUGCCAUAGCCAACGCCAUAUAUGGCUUAGAAGUGAACUCUUUCACUGACGAGAACAAUGAUUUUUACCUGAUGGGCAAAAAGAGUAGUGAUUUUUCAGAUCCAUGGAAGAUAUUCGUAAUCCUAAUGUUCAACCUGUCCUCGAAAAUCGCAGGGUACCUGAACAUCAACCUUUAUGGACAAAAUACCAGAAAAUUUUUCGUGAACCUAGUCGAUGAAACAAUCAAGCUACGCGAAGCGAAAAACAUAGAAAGACAAGACGUACUAGGAAUUCUCAUGGAAUCCAGAAAAAAGUCGAAAAAAAGUGAAAAAGAAGACGAACAAUUCGAGAGAAAAUCUUUAUUGGCGGGAGAUGAAAAACUCCCAGAAAAAUAUUUAACUGAUGAAGAAAUAGCAGCUAAUCUGUUCCUCUUCUUGUUGGGAGGAUAUGAUACUUCAUCGACCACAAUGUGUUUCAUGGCUUACGAACUGGCGAUCAAUCCAGAAAUCCAGAUGAGGUUGAUCGAGGAAAUUGAUAGAAAUAGGCCUGAGAAUGGUGUGCCUAGCUAUGAAACAAUCUCCAAUAUGGCUUAUUUAGAUAUGGUAGUUUCAGAAACCCUCCGUAAAUGGCCCAGCAUCGCCCACACCGAUAGAAAAGUAACGACUUCUUUCACCAUCGAACCAGAAUCUCCAAACGAAAAACCACUGCUUAUGGAAGAAGGAAGCAGGAUUAUAAUUCCAAUUUAUGGUCUCCAUCGGGAUCCCAAGUAUUACAAAAACCCAGACAUCUUCGAUCCUGAACGAUUUUCACCAUCGAACAGGAAAAAUAUCAAUCCUUACGCAUAUCUGCCCUUCGGAGUUGGCCCCAGAAAUUGCAUUGGUUUGAGAUUGGCGCUCCUUAAAGUUAAGGUUCUAUUCUUUUACCUAUUGAGCCAUUUCGAAAUAGUGCCAACUGAAGAGACUGAAAUUCCUUUGAAGUUGAAGAGGACAGUGGUUACGUUGACAGCAGAAAAAGGGUUUCCACUUGAAUUCAAGAGGAGGAAUUUUGGGGAUAAAUAUGCGGAUGCUGAUUUGAAAGCAAAAAGUAUACCUAAGUUUCUUGAUCGCGUUCAAAUAUUUGUUAUGAAAUGGAUGUACAUUUGCAUUUUUCAGAUGUUUUGGCUGUAUCCGAUUGCGUGCAUCCUAAUAUAUUUUCUCAUCAUCAAACCCUACACCUACUGGCCGAGCAGAAAUGUACCAUCAAAAAUGUCGAUGCCGAUAGUGGGUGAAGGUAUUCACUUGAUCUUCGGCAAAGAGAAUAUGUCAGAUACGAUCAAACGGAUGUACAAUAAGAUUUCCGAUGUUAGAUUUUUGGGCAUUUUACAGUUUAUGCAGCCAAUUCUAGUCGUUAAAUCUCCAGAACUCAUCAAGCAGAUCUGUGUCAAAGAUUUCGAUCACUUUUUGAACCACAAAGUACUUUUGCCGGAUGGUGUUGAAGACCUUUUGUCCAAAAACCUACUUAUGUUGAAAGACCAAGAAUGGAAGAACAUGCGAUCUACGUUGAGUCCUUCGUUCACCGCAAGCAAAAUGAAGGCCAUGUUUACACUCAUAUCUAAUAAUGCUAAAACUUUCGCUGAAUAUUUCGUUAAAAUGAACAAGAAUAUUGUCGAAGUCGAAUUCAAAGAUGCCUUUACCAGAUACACAAACGACGUCAUAGCCAGUACAGCAUUUGGGCUAGAAGUAGAUUCCUUAACCGACAGGGAAAAUGAUUUUUAUGUGUUGGGUAGGGAAUUGAGCGACUUUUCAACUUCAUGGAAAAAAUUUGUUUUUUUCUUCUUCCAAAUAUCACCAACAAUAGCAAGAUUUCUGAGGCUAGAACUGUUCGGGCAAAAAACCAAAAACUUUUUUCUGGGUAUUGUCAGAGACACAAUAAAAAUGAGAGAGGAGCAGAACAUCAGAAGAUCAGACAUGCUCGGGCUGCUACUUGAUGCCAAAAAAGGUUUGUCAAGGGAGAAAACUGCCGUUCAAGAGACAAAAGAAGCUGGAUUCGCGGCGGUGACCGAACAUUUAGAAGCGAAAGAAAUCAAACAAGACUUAACGGACACCGAUAUAGCUUCGCAAGUGUUUAUUUUCUUCUUUGGCGGCUUCGAAACAGUUUCUACAGCUAUGUGCUUCAUGGCACACGAGUUGGCCACAAAUCCGGACGUCCAGUCCAAGCUUAUUGCAGAGAUUGACGAGAAUAUUCAAAAACAUGGUGCGGCAACUUAUGAAUCCAUUGCCAACAUGACGUACCUAGACAUGGUAGUUUGCGAAACCCUGAGAAAAUGGCCAGUGAACAUAGCUACAGACAGAGCGGUAACAAAACCCUAUACGAUAAGCCCAGAAAAUCCGGAGGAAAAACCUGUUCACUUGGAAGUGGGUGACGUCGCUCUCAUUCCAAUCAUAGCAAUCCAUUACGAUCCAAAGUAUUACGAGAAUCCCGAAAAAUUCGAUCCUGAACGGUUCUCCCCAGAGAACCGAAAAAACAUCAACCCUUAUACCUAUUUACCUUUCGGUGUAGGUCCAAGGAACUGCAUAGGUUCCAGAUUUGCGCUUUUAGAAUUGAAAGCUGUGUUCUUCCACAUUCUGAGUCAUUUUGAAAUUGUGCCAGUCAAAAAAACUGAUAUUCCGAUAAGACUUAGCAAAUCCAACAUAACUUUAUCGUCUGAAAAUGGUUAUCAUUUGGGGUUGAAGAGAAGAUAAAGCAACUGAAUUACAAUUUUUAUUCUCUUUCAACUGAUGACAAUGAUUUAUAUGAGCUUUUUUAUCCAACUAUGUAUGUACACAAAACUGUAAUUAACAAAUUAUUAAUAUACAAUAAAUAAUAAUAAAUAGA